AGGCUGCACGUUACCAGCAGAGGUUAUUCAGAGUCAGGCAAGGAGAAGGGGGUGGCAGGAUAUGUGGAAAGAAGACUUCCAGGAUCCUAGAGAGACAUGCACCCAUCGUGGGAUAACAGAGGAUUGUACGUGUAAACCUCUCUUUUUUUUGUGUGUUCAAAAUGACGAAAAAAAGUCCGUGUCUUGUUAUACAGGGGAAGCCCCUGCAGGAAAUUCCCACAGCUCCAGCUGAGAGCUCCUCCUCUUGUUACAGUAUAUACCAGUGCAGCUCACUGGAGGCAGCAGUGUGGGGAGAGCUGCAAUACAAGCACUCACCCUCCAGAGCUCUGUAUACUAACUCUAUAUACUAAUAAGACUUGUGUGUGUGAUACAAUAUUGCUGUUCUGUUUACACAGUGCAUCCUGUAGAACUGUGGACGCCUCUGACUUCAUAUCAUUGAGUUAUUGCAGUUUUGCACUUUAUCAUUAUAAUUCUCCCUUGGAAUAGUUUUGUUUUCUUCACCCCCUUUUGGAUUGUUGACUGACAAAGGACUCUUCCCACUGGUGGAGCUCCCCUGGCAGAAUGUUCUCUAUCAUUGAUGGGAGCACAGACCCACUGCUGGCCAGGUUUAAGAAUUUGGAAGAAACUGUAGACAAGCUGCACAGAGAAAACAGGUCGCUGAAGACCAAGCUGCAGAGCUACAACACCCUCAGCACUUUCUACCACGAAGCCAGGCAGCAGAAUAAGAACCUCAACAGGCAGCUGGCUGAGAAGGAGUCUGUCAUCCAGAAGCUGAGGGCCAGCCUGGAGAGCUCUGCAGCUGCUGAGGACUAUCAAGUGGAUCCUUCUAAAUCACUGGUGGAGAACUUGGUGGAACAGCUGAAUAGAAUGAGGAGUCAGCUGAGUGACACAGAGAGGAUUUGUCAGGAAAGAGUGGAAUCUCUCAACCAGGAAAUCCAGAGACUACAUCAACAGCUGGAGACAAGAGAACAGCCCAUAGUCAGCAGGCCUCCGCAUGAGAAGGACAUGGAGAUCGUCAGACUGCAGAAAUCACUUGCUGAGAAGGAGAGAGUCCAGGCCACCAGCGAAGUUCUGUGCCGAUCGCUCUCUGACGAAACGCACCAGCUCCGACGCAAGUUGGCUGCUACAGCAGAAAUGUGCCAGCAGCUCGUCAAAUGCAUUGAAGAGACUCAUCGAAAAGACAACUUGACUACAGAAGAACACGUCAGUCAGAAUCAGAAUAAAAGCAGUGAAAAUGAAGCAGACAAAGCCAAGUUACAGGGAGAAAACCAGUUACUGAAACAGAAAGUGGUACAUGUGGAGGACUUGAAUGCAAAGUGGCAGAAGUAUGACGCCAGCAGGGAGGAGUAUGUGAAAGGUCUCCUGCAGCAGCUGAAGGAGCUCAAGGCACAGAUUGAACAUCAGAAGGCUCCUCACAGCCGUCCAGAUCGCCUACAGAAAGAGAUCUCCCGGCUGAACCGGUUGCUGGAGGACACGAUGAACGAGCACACCGAGCUACAGCAAGAGGCUGCUGAAGUGGCCAUUGCCAGGAUUUCUGAACGGGAGAAGAUACAGAUGCUGGAGCAACAGUUACUCGUUUACAAAGACGACUUCACAUCUGAGAGAGCAGAUCGAGAGAGAGCGCAGAGUCGUAUUCAGGAGCUGAUGGAGGAGAUUUCCUCUCUGCGACAAAAGGCAAGGAGACGGGAUGACAGAGAUUCCGCUGCCCAAUUUCAGAUUCAAACCGGUAACCGGAACAGAACUUACGUUAAGAAAGGAACCACCAACGUCCUGCAUGGCCUAAACGCAGAGCCUGCAGAGAACAGGAGACAGACUUCCCCUGCAGAACAUCUGGAGAGGCAGAGGAGCUCCAGCUCCGAACACCGAGCUCAGGACGAGCUACAGUGUCCCCGGUGCCUGAGAGUCUUCCAGGACAGGCUGGGUGAAAACUUUCUGGAGCACAUCUCGGAAUGCUGCCAGUGACUGUGACCCUUCUACUAGGAGUAAAACCACUACAUGACACAGACUUUAAUGCUUGUGAUAAACUUGCUGCUAUCAGUGCUGGGGUGACCACUAAGCCACCCUAUGGUGUGGAAGAGAUAGGGACCCCUAUGUUGGGAAACUAUUCCAGAAGUUCUACAUGGGGAUCCGGCCAGUUCCACUGCCAGCCACAUGCUCAGCAGCCGCUAUUUUAAGGCAGGUGCAGAUCAUAAUAACUGACACCUGUCAGACUGACACUCUACAACCUGGGGUUGCAACCUAUGCAGACUUGCAGUAUAGGUGGAGUCUUUCAGAUGUGAUCCAGAUUAGUACUGAGAAUAUUGGGGGAAGGGGGGGGGUGUUAGAGACUGUACUGUAGGUACCACACCCAGGACAAGGUCUCGUCUGCUGUAUCUAGAGCUGUGGCAAACAAUAUACUGUGAUUUCUAACAUUUACCUCAAACUGUGACUCUGAGGACAGUGAGUACUAGAGAGCAGUCUAUUAGAAGGUUAAUGCUAGUUUAAACAUGACCUAAGCCCAUAAUGACAUGUAUAUAGGGGUCAGAGGAGAAUUACUACAACCGUGUGCAGUUUACAAGGAGCGUAGUGUUAUGAAAACACUGGGAGAAAGGAUUUCCAAAGGGGAUUCAAGACCUUUAUGCUACAAUAGUUUUCUGUACAUCAAAUUGUUUAAUAGUAAAUCAGAAAAGGGUUUACAAUGAAUGGGACUUUCAUAUCCUUGAUCUGUAUGCACUGAGACAGUUGCCUGUUGUCGGCACAGUAACCUGGACAGCAAUAUAUAACUUUUAUAUUUGGAUAAUAAAUACGUUUAUAUAAAUAUAGCGAUUGUUAUAAAUUUUGAUGUAACAUGGAAUGGGAUAUCGUAUACAAUGAUACAGUUCUAAGAAAUAACUAUAGAUAGGGGCAUUGUGCUAUGACGGACUAUAUUGAAUGAGUUCAACACAGUUUGGUAUUCUUGUGGUGAAACGCGUAGACUCCACAGGUCUUGUACCAUAACAUUGCAUGAAGGUGCAGUAUUUGUACCCCGAACCACCUCAACCCAUAGUCCAGUAUCUGGCUGGUUGUUGUGGGUCAAUGCAAAUGUUAAUGCAGUUUUAGUAAAUGAACUACAUGAACCAAACUGGUUGUGCAUAUUCAGUCUGUGAGGGUGAAGGCUGUAAGAAAAUAUGUAAGAAAAGUAUAAUCGUCAUUGAUUUGCUUAAAUAUAGAAUAAAUUACCAGAAUAGAAUAAUUGACCAGAUGUUUACAAUCCCCGAAAAAAGCGUGUAAUGAUGUAUUUACUGUAUAACUGGUGAAGGAAUUAUCCAAUCAUCUCUGCUGCUAGUGGGUCUCUGACCUCCAUCUUCAAUGAACUGGUUAAAUUACUUAUUUGCCAGUUGAACUGGUUCUUGUUAAUGCUUCCUUUUUUUUUUUUUUCAUUAUGGAUUAUUUAAUUAUUUUUUUUGCAAAUUGCACUGAAUAUUGUCAUAUUUAUAUUUAUUUUGGUAUGUGUUUAUAAAUGUGUUUAUUUUCCUGUUAUUUAUUUAUUACUUCCAAGAAAAUUGAUACUGAAA